GGGUCCACGUGCAUUCGGUCUUGCUGGGGGAAGAGAAAGGGGGGAUCAUAACGCUUCUGCCCAUUUACUAGAGUAAUAAAUUAUCACACAGAAUCAGCCAUGCCUACAGAAGGGAAAUCAGAUAUGGAGAGGAUUGGCCUCUUUAGUGAAAUGGAAUAUGUUACAAUCGGGGAUAAGUAUGUCUCGCCCUUUGCCCGCCCUUAUAAUGAAGCUGCAAGCAAGAACAAGCAAAUGCUGCCCGGGGGUGUCAAAGAGAAGUGCGCUCUUCAGGUGGGGUACUUUGAACCUGUGUAUGGAAGAAUUUUUGAAGGUGAAGGUUAUUCAAACCCCGUCCAGCUGCGGAGAAGAUAUCGAAUUGAAGAGUCCAAGAAAAAUUUGAGCAAACCUUUCCUUCCCAGUAAUGGAGAGAAGACACCUUGUGGUAUAGGAACCUAUUAUGGAACCAUCGGUGGUCCGUGUCCCUUCUUUAGCUCCCAAAAAAAAGACAAACUUGUCUAUGUGCCACCUGGGAAGAACCUAUACACGAGUCCAGGAAAGAAAGGAACGGGCUAUGGGUAUACAAAUCUCACAAUAGGUAAACCGUACUCACACUCAGUUGAAUUGUAUGACAUAGGAAGACUAAACUUUAAGAAAACAUCUGAAGACCACCACCGACUGAUGAAAGGCGGGCCUUUCAAAUUGGACCUUUAUCCCCGAGAGUAUUUUGACAUGAAUCCUUACAUCGAUGAAGGAUCGGCACCACCGCCAAAGAAGCCACCCGCCCAAGUACCAAUUCAAACUGCCUUUAAACCAAGUUCUCCAGGAAAGAAACCAGGUGGCAUGAAAGCAGGCACAUUUGACCCUUUUCCAACCCAUUCCUCGGAACCAUAUGUAACGAAGCUGCCUAAACCUAUCACAACCAAUAAACAAGGACGAAUAUUUAAUUCUGCUUCUACCUCUAGGAGCAGACCAAUAAGAAGUGUUAUUGCUGCCAAUGUUGAAAAAUCAUUAAACGUAACAAAUUAUAAGGAUCCACAGGUGACGUCAUAUUAACUGUACAAAAACAAGGUGAA